AUGAAUGCAACGAUCCCACCCAUGCAUGCUGCACUUUCUGUGCUCGGUACUAUGGCUGGCCAGUACAUCGCCGCGCAGGGCCAAGCACCUCAAGUUAAACAGCCUCUGCCCGCCAAUACAUCUACGAAGCAGUUCACCGGAACUGCGACUCUCGCAACGUGUGAUAUUUGUCAAGUCCGUCCCAAAUACUUCGACGGACAGAAGACGCACUCGUAUUGUGGGAAGUCUUGCGCGACUGCAGCACAGAAAAAGCAUAGUCCCAACAGCAAACCUAAACGAAACAAGACCACCAAAGCCACCCGCAGAUUGUGCGACCAUUGUCAUAAGCAACCCAAGUACAACGAUGGAACGACAAUCCAUUCGUACUGCGGCAAAACCUGCGCACAAAAAGCGAAGGCUGCAGGAGUGUCGGCUGCACAACCUACACAACUAGCCAAGUCCGUUGAAUCAUUUUUCUGUCGGGUGUUGACAGUACUUAUCACCGUUUCUCGGUCCAGUCCAACAAACAGUGGUUGUUUGUUAUGCGGAAAGGCUGUCAAGGGCAAGGGUCACUUCUGCAGUCAGGCGUGCACCUCCAUGGCUGAGAAGAGUGCACCAGGACUCAUAGAAGUCCCACAAGGACACGACACGUUCAAAAGCGUCGCUGACCAAUUCAAGGCGUCGUGGAGACAUCAGACUCCAUGCCCGACAGUUCGGAGGGUGCAUAAAGUGAUCUCAUCGCCAACUUCCAUUGUCAAAUACGAGGCAUAUCGUGCUGCUGUCGAGGCUCGCGGCAACUUUGUUGCAGCGGGGCGUUCAGCAGGGAACGAGAAUCGUCGCUGGCACGGAACGACCAGGGAAUGCAAUCUAGGCGAUAAUGGCAACUGCACGUUAUGCUCAUCUCAGACAUGUUCCUUGUGCUGCAUUCUCAAAACGUCUUACAACCUGAAUCUCUUUGGCAAGAAGACUGGCUGGGGCCGGUUCGGUCACGGUAUCUACACUUCGUCGACGUCUUCGAAAUCGAACGACUACUCCACGAACGUUAAUCCAUCGAGUUUGAAGGCGAUAUUGCUAAACAAAGUGGUCGUUGGCAAAGGUUACAAGAUGACGCAAGACAACACAUCACUAACUGCACCUCCAGCUGGUUAUGACACCGUCCUCGCGGAGGUGUCGAGUGGAGGGUCGUUGAAUUAUGAUGAGCUUGUGUGUUAUACGAAUGACGCCAUCCGCCCGUCGUAUAUGGUCAUGUACGAUGCAUGA